AUGUCCGCCUCCCUCUUCGCAGACGUAAUCGUCGACAUCAAGGACAUACUCCGCGCGCUGCAGACGUACGACCAGCACAAACCAAGCACAAGCACGCAGUACGACCGCCCCCCAGGCCUGCCGUUCCCCAUCGCCAUGCCCGUGCCACAACGGACCCCAGGCCACUUCGCCACAAUUCUCACCUACGAGGAGCCUGAGGCGGAACGUCCAGCGAGCUCUUCGGCUGUAGAGGAUUCGUACGUACAACACAAGGAUGAUUACCUCAGGUCGGGCGGGGAGUACACCCAGCGCCUCCUCACACUCGCCCGCGGAACGGCCACAUCCUUCCGCAAGGACAUAUACCGCGACUCCACGACCUCCAACGAGGCUCCGCCGUGGCCGCCUGCGCCCGAGCUCGUCGCCAACCCGCCGAACUGGGGGUUCGUAGCCACCACUAGCCACAGCGGGAACACCUCGGAAGAUGCCGAAAUGGACGCCACCGAGUCGGACAACGACUGGUCGGACGCGUCGUCGCAGAGUGGCUCACUGAUCCACGUCUUCGACGUCAAAGGCCGAGCUUGGGACUCGGAGUCGACAAGUGGUUCGUCCUCCGAGGACAGCAGCCACGGGGAGACGGAUGAUGAAGACGAGAACACCUACGCCACUGGGUACUUCAUCGGCCGCGACGGGACCCAGUGGCCGAUGCCGCCGCCAGAGUGCAUGCCCGGAGGGUAUCUCUCUACCCACCCAUCCCCAAACGAGCGCAUGGGGACGUGGUCACCGACGACCCCCACCGACGCCACCGAAAGCCUCUCGGGCUACGAGGCCUACACUUCGGCGGACGAGGAUGUCCUCGCCCUUGAGGCGAUCGAGGGCCGAGUGGUAUGGUCGGCAGAAGGCUACGAGAGUGGUUCCUCCGACACCGACUUCGAUGAGGACGAGAGGCUCGAGGACGAUCGACUCGAGUACCCCAGCCACCUCACCCCACCGCUGUCGUACUCCGUCGGCAACUCGCCAGCCUCGGGGUUCGCCCCAUCACCCACCCACCCCUCCGCGCCCUCUACUCCAACAGCGCACCUCUCUCUCGCCGAGCUGGGACGCCAGUGGUACGCGUCCUUCGGAAAGGACCUCCAACCCUCCCCCUCCAAUUCUUCCCCGGACUCCUACGCCCCUCCCAUGUCGCUGGUACCACCCUCGACUACGGCUCAGGACUCAUGCUGGGGUCCACCCUUCGAGGGGAAGACCCGCUCCGGAAGAACGAUGCGGAAGGUGCACCACCGGGCGAUUGAAGAGCAGUGCUACUUCCUCGGGCGCGAUGGUUCGGCGUGGCCGCUCCCGCCCCCGCCCCCAGACGCGUCGGAGUGCGGGCUUUGGCGGCCGGGGCGCACCGUCCGCGCGCCGAGGUGGUGA